AUGGAAAAUGCCGCCGCCACGAUUACAGCAUCUUCCGUCCAUCCGCACUGCUCCACGGAGAAGGCAAUCUUAAACUCGCAACGAGAUGGCACGUUAGAGCGAUAUGCAGCAGGAUGGUGUGCCGAUAAUGGAUUCACCUCUGAGGAAUGGCUUCAGGUUGAUCUGAAUUCACUGACUAAUGUAUCAGGUGUAAUCACACAAGGGAGAGGAGACAUUGGCCAGUAUGUGAGAAGCUACAAACUAACAUUCAGCGCCGACGGUGUUGUUUGGGAAAUAUAUUCCGAGGAUGGACAAGAAAAGGUAGUGUUUGCAGGUAACGCCGACUCCAACACAGAAGUUGAACACCUGAUUGCUCCGCCGGUCACGGCAAGGUUUGUCCGGUUCCUCCCGCUGACGUGGGGUGGAUGGAUCAGCAUGAGAAUGGAGGUGCUUCUGUGUGCUCCAGGAACAGAUGUAACUGAGGCCGCCACUACUACACCCCUGGUUGUUACAACCACCACGCCUGAUGUUACAACCACCACACCUGCUGUUACAACAACCACACCUGCUGUUUCAUCCACCACAACUGCUGUUACAACCACCACACCAGCUGUUUCAACCACCACACAAGCUGUUACAACCAUAACGCCUGCUGUUACAUCAACCACACCUGCUGUAACAUCAACCACACAUGCUGCUACAACCACCGCGCCUGCUUUUACAACCACCAUGUCUGUGAGCACAACCACCAUUACAACUAAUGGUGCUGCUAACAUGGUGACCACUGCGAUGUCAGGUGAAGCGCCGCUAACCACCAGCCGGCCGGGGGAGGGAGAAUCCGCCGCCGCUAACAAGGGCGAGGCACGGGGAGGGGCGGUAGCAGGCGGCGUGGUCGGGGCGAUGGUUCUUGUGGGAGCAGGACUAGCCGUAAGCGGGUUCCUGAUGUACAAGAAGAAGAACAAUGCCACCGUGGAGCCUUCACCCUAA